GGAAUCGAUCAUCCCUCCCCCCCAUUUAAUUAAUUACGCUCGAGAGCAACCGCGUGCUUCUCUCCCUGCGCAACUUGCUGCCACAGUCGUUGCUGCUGCCGCGAUGCAAUAGGUCUUGUGCUGUGUUGCUGCGGCCAGCCCCAGCCCCAGCCCCAGCCCCUAGCAGAACGGCAGCAUGCGUGCAUCCCCCCCUUCAAAAAUGCCCAUUUUUGAAGUUUUGGCGUUAAUGCUCGGCCAUCCGUGCUGUGCUGCGCCACCAACGCCGUGGCCCGCACGAUUUCGAGGUUCACGGCCUACUGAUGCUCUGCUAUCAUGCCAACUUCCGCACUGCCCCAUCCCGCCCAGCGAAAUCUGCUUGACCAAAUCGCCCCAAACUUGCUAUGGACGACCUCCAACCAAUGGCCUUUCUGUGUGCAAAAAAUCAGGGCAAACCGAGAUGGUCGCAAGAAACAGGUUAUUUGAGGUUAUGGCGCGAUUCCCCGCACCAUGGCAUGGGUUGUGGGAGUCGAAUCGCGUCGUGGCUUUGUUAGUAUUCACGUGCGCGCCCAACGUCUGGGGCUCGGCUUUGCUCGGUGUUUCUGUGGUUCUUGCGGGCAUGGGUGCAAGCGGAGCGGCAGUUCGCUUGGCGUUGCUGCAGCCCUCUACACGCAAUGGGCGUGUGAGUGGUGUAUAUGUCGUGCGUGUCGGCAGGCUCCUUGCUUGUGCAACGAACUAUCGACCCUCGCGGCCCCUUAGUCCCUCUAGAGACGUUUGCUUCUGGGUUCUCUACGGAUCCUGUGUUGCUUGCCAGCAUCGAAGGCACUCGGUUGCCACGUUGACCCUUUUCCUCUCGGUGACCCCUUGGGGAAGCCAGGGAGGACGCAAGUUUGGCCCCGUGCCCUGAGCAUCGCUCGCCGCGAGGCGUGCGGCGCGACGGUGCACGGGUGCUCGACCGUGCUCUUGGAUGCAAAACGCGUUGUGGAUUGGGGCUCUCACCCCUUCCUGUCCCGUCAAAGAAU